AUGCCUCCGAUGCUUGCAGCAGAACAAGCAAUGUACGCUGUACCUGCCAUCGCAAAUGGCUUCUGUCGAAACUUCUACGAGCCUGGCAGCUUCGCGUUCAUUCAGCCCUCAACUGCAUGCGCAACAACCUCAAAGCAGAGCACCUUUUACUUGGACAGUUUCGCUCCGAAAUGCCCAAUUGUUGUGUUUCCAACUGGCACAACAGCUGAGCUUUUGCGAGAGACCAAGCCAUUGCUCUUUCUAUCCAUACUCAGCAUCGCUUCUGCUGGAUACUGCACCGCCACCCAGCAGAGAGACUUGGCAAUUAAGGUCAGGCUGUAUCUGGCAGACCGAGCGAUUGUUCGGGGUGAAAAGUCUAUCGAGCUCGUUCAAGCUCUUCAGGUCGCGUCUUUUUGGUAUAGAGCACCAGAUGAUUUUAAGCAGAUGAACCUGAACCAACUAGCUUCUAUUGCCACAACUAUGGCCAUAGAUCUUGGUUUGGAUAGGAUUGAGGUAUCAAAGCCAGCUGGCAGAGCCAAGGAGAUGUGGGAUCGGGUGGAAGCACAGCGUACCUGGCUCGGUUGUCUUCUUUUAUCUGCAAGACGGCCCAAUUCGCUCGCCUGGAACUCGCAGUAUGAUGACUAUGUUGCCGAUUUGCGACGGACCAAAGCAUCCCCUACAGAUGAGUUCCUUUGCAUCAUUGUAACAACAGAGUGUAUCUGCCACAUCGUGAAUCAGGAGCUAUCUCUAAGUGAUUCAGCCACUUCGGCAUCAUUAUCUGACCCGAAAACAUUGAUAAAAAUCCAAAAUCACAAGUCUCAAAUCGAAUCCCUGCCUCUCGAGAAAAUACCCUCUAUGGCCAAAUGUCUGGUUGAAUUUGGCAGAUUUGCUAGCUUGUUGUAUCUACAUGAGUUGGUCUUACAUGUCAACCACAACAUCGAUGAGUUCAAGGCACCUUUUAGUGUGAGGUCCUUGGAGACGUGCAAUUUCAUCGACAUGCACGAUCUCGACCAGUCUCGCAUUUUGAUGCUUCGCGCUAUCAUACAGGCGGCACAAGGAUUGCUUGAUAAUUUCCUUAGGUUAUCCACGUCCGACAUGAUUGCUUUACCACCGCAUAUAUAUGGCGGCCGCGUAAUAUAUGCAGUGGUACUUCUGUUGAAAUUACACAAAGCAAUCAUGUCAUCGGGGCGGGCAAUAAGCGAAUAUCUUACUGCUGAUGAAUUACGACUGGAAGUGUACAUUGAACACCUCGUGCUCGUUUCGAAGAGCCUCAUAACAAAAGAUGACCGCAGUGCUCUGAGCAGGGCAUUCUUUGUUAUGCCUCAGUUGAAGCAGUGGUUGCACAGUCACCAACCCAAGACCUCGCCUGGAUCAGACGAAACUGAAAUGGCAGAAGGUCUCCCAUUCCAGACCAGUGAUGGGUCAUUGAGCACUGCGAUACAACCGCCGAUGACAACUCUCAGUGACCCUUCGACCCAUACGCAGACGCCAACAAUAAUCAAUCUUGAGCCAUUGGAUGGACUUGGUCAGUCUGGCGUGCCUAUCCAACCCUCCAAAGCUUUUGACGACCUUAUUGUACACAAUGGGGGUACAGGAUUUGAACCAAAUCGGCAUGAACUGGCAUCUGACUCUUGGUUUUGGGAAUUCUUCAAUGUUGACAUGCUCCAUCAGAAUGCCCAUUCAUCAUGA